GAAGAUGCCUCGGCCCGGCCGCAACACGUACAGCGACCAGAAGCCGCCCUACUCCUACAUUUCGCUGACCGCCAUGGCCAUCCAGAGUGCGCCCGAGAAGAUGCUGCCGCUCAGCGACAUCUAUAAGUUCAUCAUGGAGCGCUUCCCCUACUACCGGGAGAACACGCAGCGCUGGCAGAACAGCCUCCGCCACAACCUGUCCUUCAACGACUGCUUCAUCAAGAUCCCGCGCCGACCCGACCAGCCCGGCAAGGGCAGCUUCUGGGCGCUGCACCCCAGCUGCGGGGACAUGUUUGAGAACGGCAGCUUCCUGCGGCGUCGCAAGCGCUUCAAGGUGCUCAAGUCCGACCCGCUGGCGCCCAGCAAGCCGGCCGACGCGGCGCAGUACCUGCAGCACCAGGCCAAGCUGCGGCUCAGCGCCCUGGCCGCCUCCGGGGCCGCAGCGCACCUGCCGCAGGUGCCCGCCGCCGCCGCCGCCUACAACCUGGGCGGCGUGGCCCAGCCCUCCGGCUUCAAGCACCCCUUCGCCAUCGAGAACAUCAUCGCCCGCGAGUACAAGAUGCCCGGCGGGCUGGCCUUCUCCGCCAUGCAGCCCGUGCCCGCCGCCUACCCGCUGCCCAACCAGUUGAGUACCAUGGGCAGCUCGCUGGGCGCCGGCUGGUCGCACGUCUACGGCUCGGCGGGCAUGAUCGAGUCGGCCACGCCCAUCCCCAUGGCCGGCGGCGACUACAGCGCCUACGGGGUGCCGCUCAAGCCCCUGUGCCACGCCGCCGGCCAGACGCUGCCCGCCAUCCCCGUGCCCAUCAAGCCCACGCCGGCCGCCGUGCCCGCGCUGCCCGCGCUGCCCGCGCCGCUGCCCGCCCUGCUCUCGAACUCGCCGCCCUCGCUCAGCCCCACGUCUUCGCAGACGGCCACCAGCCAAAGCAGCCCCGCCACCCCCAGCGAGACGCUCACCAGCCCGGCCUCCGCCCUGCACUCGGUGGCUGUGCACUGACCCUC